AUGGCCGCCCUCCAGCAAGCCGCGUGCGUUAGCCUACAGACGGCCUUCACGGGUCAACGUCUGAGCGCGGGUGGCGCAACAGCCGCGCGCGUCUCCAUCGCGGCUCCCAAACCCGUCGCGCCCGCACGCGCGCUUCUCGAUGACAGCGGGUCAGUGGGCAUUGCUGUUGCGGGCGGCGGUGCGCUCGCGGCACUCGCGACGGUGCUCUCCCUCGCCGACCCGGAGAAGAGGCGACAGCAGCAAGCGGAGGAAGUGGGCGGCAACGAGAUGGAUGCGGUGCGCAACUACUUCAACACGGCGGGGUACGACAGGUGGCGCCGCAUCUACGGCGAGACAGACGACGUCAACUCCGUGCAGCUGGACAUCCGUCAAGGCCACGCGCAGACCGUCGAAAAGGUGCUGAGGUGGUUGAGGGAGGAGGGCUCGCUGGACGGCGUCACGGUGUGCGAUGCGGGAUGCGGCACCGGCAGCCUGUCCAUCCCUCUGGCGCUGGAGGGAGCCACAGUGUACGCCAGUGAUAUCUCUGCCGCCAUGGCGGGAGAGGGCGCGGAGAGGGCCAAGGUGGCGCUGGCAGAAGCGAAGACGGCGAAGCAGCUGGUGAUGCCGGUGUUCGAGGCCAAGGACCUGGAGUCCAUCGACGGGCAAUACCACACUGUGACGUGUCUGGACGUGCUGAUCCACUACCCACAGGACAAGUCAGACGCCAUGAUCGCCCACCUCGCCUCGCUGGCCACGGACAGAGUCAUCCUCAGCUUCGCCCCUUACACGCCCUACUACGCCUUCCUCAAGCGCGUGGGCGAGCUGUUCCCCGGCCCGUCCAAGGCCACCCGCGCCUACCUGCACUCGGAGGAGGAGGUGGAGGGCGCCCUCAAGAAAGCGGGCUGGAGGGUGGUGAAGAAGGAAAUGACCGGCACCAAGUUUUACUUCUCACGCCUCUUCGAGGCCUGUGGGGAACCUUCCAUGGCGUUCAACUCGGGAACCUACUACUGCCAUUCCGUCUUACUGAGUCAGCCAGAUUCACCUAGCCGCGUCACCACUGGUGCCCCUCCAUCAUGGGCGGUUCCGGCUUGGCGUUGGGCAGGGGCGAAGGGGCCCAAGGGGCAGCCAUCCGCUUUCGCGCUAGGGGCGGGCGAGUGGGCCUCGCGUUCUUGUGACGGUAGCGAGGGCAUCGGGCGGGCCCUCUCGCGCCAAUGCGCCCCUGCUAUCGCGGGCGAGAAGGAAUCCCUCGUCGACCCGUUCAGUGUGGAGUUUCUGGAGAAGAUGAGGCGACGCCUGGACAGGUGCCACUCUCGGGCCAGUUGCAUGCAUAUCUAUACAUUCACUUCCAGACGCCUCAGAAUGAAUGCUGUGCUCACUGAGCUGGACGGCGAGGAGUUCACAGAGAAGACGAGCGUGGGAGUGGCGUUCCCCGGAGUGGAGGUGCGCUUUGAGGGGGUGAGCGCGUGCGCCAAGGUGCGAGUGGGCGCGAGGGGCGUGCCCACGCUGCCCAACCAGCUGCCCAACCAGCUGCCCAACCAGCUGCCCAACCACGCAGGCGCGCUGCUGAGGGGUCUGCGCCUACUCAACGACCAGCGCCGCCUCUUCUUCGCGCUUGAUGCCUGCUCUGGCAUCCUCAAGCCUGCCAGGUACGGGCAUUCCAUUCCCAGCCUGGCAGGUAUGGGCAUUCCAUUCCCAGCCUGGCAGGACGACGCUGCUGCUGGGUUCGCCAGGGAGCGGCAAGUCAACGCUGCUCACGAUCCCCUUUGA